AUGCAAGAGAGUGUCCCUCCAUCCCCGGAGGCCGACGCCUCUGGGCCGGGAUUGGUUGCUCGCCGCGACCGGAGGAGAUGGAGCUGUGGCGCCCGGCGGGCUGCAGGCGCCCGUCACUCCGGGGCUGGCCGCUGCUCUGCUGACGCUUCCAGAGGGAUAGGUAAGAGGGGGCCGAGCGGAGCCACCUGCUCGCCCGGCGUCAGCCACCCGGCCAUGCCUGCCGAAAGCAACGAGCCCGACUGUCCCCUCCGCUACCAGAGGCCUGAGGAUGAGGCAGUUGUUGAUUUGGGAAGAACUAGCAACGUUAUUAAUAUUCAUUAUGAACCAGAGGAGCUGGAAGGGCACAGGACAUUGUAUGUUGGGGUACGGAUGCCUUUGGUUAGACAAGGCCACAGACAUCACAGAACCCAUGACCCCAAGCACAGGAAAAGAGAUUGGAUAAAGGAAAGUACAUCAGAGGAACAUGAGACUUCUGAUACCCCAUCUCAGCGAGUUCACUUUAUCCUUGGUAUAGAAGAGGAUCAGGAGCAUGUCCCCCAUGACUUAUUCACAGAGAUGGCUGAAAUCUGUGUGAAACAAGGUGAAGAAUCAGAGUGGAAAGAAACAGCAAGAUGGCUAAAGUUUGAGGAAGAUGUGGAAGAUGGAGGAGAACGAUGGAGUAAGCCAUAUGUGGCUACUCUGUCACUGCAUAGUCUCUUGGAGCUGAGGAGCUGCAUCAUGAAUGGGACUGUCCUUCUGGAUAAGGCUGUAAACUGCACUGAAGACAUUGCGGAAAUGAUCCUGAACGGCCAGGAAUCUUACGAUGAAUCCACAAAGAAAAAAUUCUGGGAAACCCUCCUGAAGAAACAUCAUCAUCAGAACGUGAAGAGGAGAAAUAUCCUUCCAAUUGCCCGUUCUUUUGCAGAAGGUGGCAGGAAAAAGUCUGAUCCUUACUCAAUAGAUAAGACAGGAAUGACUUCAGUGUCUCUUCAUCCUCCUUGUAACACAUUAGAUGUGAGAAAUGGAUUGACUCAUGAUACUCCCCCAACAGACAUGAGCAAAGCAUACCAUCAUUUUAUGAAGAAGAUUCCUAUUGGAGCAGAAGCUGCAAAUGUUUUAGUCGGAGAAGUAGAUUUCCUGAAAGAAACUAUUGUCGCCUUCCUACGCUUAUUGCCAGCUGUUCUUCUCCCAGGCAUGACUGAAGUUCCACUUCCUACCAGGUUCUUGUUUAUCUUGCUGGGUCCAAUAGGGAAAGGACAGCAAUAUCAUGAGAUUGGAAGGUCAAUGGCUACUCUCAUGACUGAUGAGGUUUUCCAUGAUGUUGCUUAUAAAGCCAAGGACCGAAGCGAUCUUUUAGCUGGCAUUGAUGAGUUUCUAGAUCAGGUAACAGUGCUGCCACCUGGGGAAUGGGACCCAUCCAUCAGAAUUGAGCCACCUAAAAGUGUUCCUUCCCAGGACAAGAGAAAGAUGCCAGGAAUGUCAAAGGUAUCUAAUGGACAGCUUUCUGAUGAUGAGCUGGAUGGUCACAAGGGGCCAGAGCUCCAGAGAACAGGAAGGCUCUUUGGUGGCUUGAUCUUGGAUAUAAAACGGAAAGCUCCUUGGUACUGGAGCGACUAUAAAGAUGCUUUGCGACUGCAGUGUUUAGCUUCCCUUCUCUUCCUGUAUUGUGCCAGCAUGUCUCCUGUGAUCACCUUUGGGGGGUUGCUUGGAGAAGCAACAGAUGGAGAAAUAAGUACUAUAGAAACCUUGCUUGGCGCCUCUGUUACUGGACUGGUCUACUCUCUCUUCGCUGGCCAGCCUCUCACCGUCUUGGGAAGUACCGGACCAGUAUUGGUUUUCGAGAAAAUUUUGUACAAGUUCUGCAAAGACUACAGCCUUUCUUAUCUUGCUCUACGAACCUGCAUUGGCCUGUGGAUAACAUUCAUGUGCCUCGUGCUUGUAGCCACUGACGCUAGCUCUCUGAUCUGCUACUUCACUCGGUUUACGGAAGAAGCUUUUGCCUCUUUGAUCUGCCUCAUUUUCAUUUUUGAGUCCAUCGAGAAGCUGUUUCAGCUGCAAAGUACUUACCCAUUUCACAUACACAACAACCUGGACCAUCUGACCUUAUAUUACUGCAGAUGCAGAGCUCCUGCAAAACCCAGCAAUGAUACUCUGAAGUACUGGAACAGCAAGAAGAUUGAUCCUUCAAAAGUUGCCUGGGCUAACCUCACAGUCUCUCAAUGUCGGGAGAUGCAUGGAGAAUUCACAGGACCUUCAUGUGGAGCCAAAGGGCCUUAUACCCCUGAUGUUCUUUUCUGGUCCUGCAUCUUGUUCUUUUCUACCUAUUUUUUGUCAAGCACGCUGAAGAAUUUUAGGGGCAGUGGCUAUUUUCCCACAAAAGUACGCUGUCUGGUAAGCGAUUUUGCUAUUUUUAUAACCAUUGUUACCAUGGCCCUAAUUGACUACUUCAUUGGAAUCCCAUCACCAAAACUGCAAGUCCCCAGGGCCUUCAAGCUAAUGACAGAUGACCAUGGAUGGCUCAUUAACCCAAUAGGCCCCAACCCCUGGUGGACUGUGGUAGCAGCUAUCAUCCCAGCAUUACUCUGUACUAUACUGAUAUUUAUGGACCAACAAAUCACAGCAGUUAUUGUGAACAGGAAAGAACAUAAACUUAAGAAAGGAUGUGGCUACCACCUGGACCUUCUCAUGGUGGCCAUCAUGCUUGGUUUGUGUUCAGUGAUGGGGUUGCCUUGGUUUGUUGCUGCCACUGUCCUUUCCAUCAGUCAUGUGAACAGUCUUAGAAUCGAGUCUGCUGUGGCAGCUCCUGGGGAGCAACCUAAAUUCCUGGGCAUAAUUGAACAAAGAGCAACUGGAGUGAUGAUCUUUAUACUAAUGGGCCUCUCAGUCUUCAUCACUGGUGUGUUAAAGUUUAUACCUAUGCCUGUUCUCUAUGGAGUGUUUUUGUACAUGGGUGUUUCUUCCCUGAAUGAAAUACAGUUUUUUGACCGCCUGAAGCUCAUGGCAAUGCCCACCAAACACCAGCCUGAUUUCAUUUACCUGCGACAUGUUCCUCUGAGGAAAGUGUAUCUCUUCACAAUGAUCCAGUUGAUCUGCCUGAUCAUUCUGUGGAUUAUCAAGGCAACUCCUGCAGCCAUUAUCUUUCCUAUGAUGGUUUUGGCAUUGAUCUUUGUUCGGAAGGUCAUGGAUAUAUGCUUUUCAAAGCGGGAACUCAGCUGGCUUGAUGACCUCAUGCCAGAAAGCAAAAAGAAAAGUCUGGAUGAUGCUAUUCAAGAGGCAAAACAAAGUGAUGAAUCUCAGAAGAUGAUGGCAGACGAUAAACCAACUGUAAUUGAUAUGCCUUCGAUGAAUCCAGAUUAUCUGGCAGUUCCAGGAAGUUCACAGAGUAGUGUGCCAAAAACUUACAAUAGGCCUGAUCCUUCAGAUAUUAACAUCUCAGAAGAAAUGUCUAAAACAACUGUGUGGAAGACCCUCACCAUGAACACAGGAAAGAUCUGAAGUUAAAAAGAAGAGCUUGGCCGUUUAGGACUUCGCUUAGGACAAGCAGCUCGCAGCACACGAAGGUGACUCAGGGAAGAGCCAAGGUGUGCAGGCCAAGAAGAGAAAAUAUUUUUGCAAUGGAGAAGGGCACAGGCAAAGUAACUGCCCUGGUACUUCCUUCAUUCAAGUAACUGGGUUAAUAUUAAAGGCAUUGAAAAGUGUUCUGAUGAUCCUUUGUGUGCUUCAGUGGGCAUUCUAAUUAUCUUCUGACCAGCAAGAUAGACCAGUGGAAGUCUAGUGUUAAAGCCUCUCUUCGGUGUGCACAAACACAUGCAUAUUUGCUCUGUUACAAUUUCUUAGUAGUAGAGAUUGCUGCCACUGUAUAUUUACCUUUUUCCUUCCAGUGUGUGUUUAAGUUUCCACUUUGAAUGUACAGCAACAUUAUGCCACAACUAUUUUGAGUUUCUGUUUGGUUUUGGGGGUUUUUUAGGGUGCUACUUUAGAAAUGUUGGUGUUGUUUGCAAAAUCCAAUAAUAAAAUG